AUGAACAGUGAAAACAAGGCUGGAAAGUCUGAAAAUACAAUUAAUGCAGAAAACUCUAAUAUUAUAGAAAAUAUAAGAACAGGAAUCAAAACUAGUAAUUUGACUGAAUCUUCAAUUGAUAACAUAUGGUCAACACAUUUUCCAUGGCCUAAAACUCCAAGCAGUCAGGAGUCAACUAAAUCAUCUGAACGAAAAGUACCAUAUGCGAUCACAUCAGUGCAGUGGCAAGAAAUUCAAAAAGAAAAAGAAUGUGUUAAAUUGAAAAAACAAGAAGCUAUUGAUUCUAGAAAAGAAGAAAGAAAGCAAAAAGCAAUCGAAAAAGAAAUUACACUUGACGAAAAAAGGAAAAAGAAGAACACCAAAAAAGAUAAUGUAGAAGAACUUGAAGACAUUAAAAAACUCAUACCUCAAACACAAACCUCAACCUCUAAAGUAGCUAUACGGUUGGAUGUUUUUUCAUUGUUGAAUAUGAAGAAGAAUAUUUUCCCGGGGAAAUAA